ACUAACAUGCCUGAACCAGCGAAGUCCGCUCCCAAGAAGGGCUCCAAGAAGGCCGUCACUAAGACCACCGCUAAAGGAGGAAAGAAGCGCAGAAAGUCCAGGAAGGAGAGCUACGCUAUCUACGUGUACAAAGUGCUGAAGCAGGUCCAUCCUGACACCGGCAUCUCUUCGAAGGCGAUGGGGAUCAUGAACUCUUUCGUCAACGACAUCUUCGAGCGCAUCGCCGGUGAGUCGUCUCGUCUCGCUCACUACAACAAGCGCUCCACCAUCACUUCGAGAGAGAUCCAGACCGCCGUGCGUCUGCUGCUGCCCGGAGAGCUGGCCAAACACGCCGUGUCUGAGGGCACCAAGGCCGUCACCAAGUACACCAGUUCCAAGUAGAGUGUAACCGGACUUCCACCCCAACGGCUCUUUUAAGAGCCACCCACUCUCUCCGUUAAAGAGCUUUAAGUUUUCAUGUGCCUAAACUUCACUUGCAGUAAUGUUACCUAUGACUCGGUCCGAAUGACGCCCGGUGUUGCACUUUUAUGAAUUUAAUACUGCUCCUAAAAUAAAAAACGUCUGAUGAACGUCAACCUUAAUGUGAAAUCCCGGACUGAUGCUCUCGUGAAGGCGCUCCUGCGUCCUCGACGCAAAGAUGGUUGUUUUGCAGUGUAAAAUGAACUUAAUUUGUUUCACAACAGACCUAAUAAAGCCUAGAAAAACAACUUUGAAUGAA